GAGCAUAGAGAAAGAAACGUUCACAGUUUAGCAGUGUCAGACUGUCAGUGUCACGAAGUAUAUGCAAAUGAGAGCUUUGGUUCUGGGUGGUCCUCUUUUGUAGUUUAGGGUACGAUUAGCUUCCACUAAGUAAUUCUACUGAAUAUUCGAUAAAUAUUGUUUUUAUUAAUUAAUAUAUUUCAUUUUAAUCAAAAAAAAAGUAGUAGAUAUGGCCCACUACAAAGGAGCAGCUUCAGAAGCUGGUAGAGCCAUGCACUUAAUGAAGAAACGAGAAAAAGCACAGCAAGAAAUAGAAUUCCGAAAGAAGAAAAUAGAAGAGGAUCUCAAGAUAGACAAUAUCGAAAACAAGUUCGCCACACAUUAUGAUGCAGUUGAACAACAACUAAAAAGCUCCACUAUUGGUUUAGUAACACUCGAUGAAAUGAAAGCAAAACAGGAACAUAUAGUCCGAGAAAGAGAGAAAAAGUUAGCCCAAAAAAAAGCUGAAAAAGAGAAGGAACGCCAAAAAGAAAUAGAAGCUAAACAAGCGCAAAAAAAUAAGCAAAAAAGACAGAUUCAGGCGCUAUCUUUUGAUUUAAAUGAAGAUGGAGAAGAGGAUGAAGAAGAAGAAGAAAAACCAGAAGCUACUUGGAGAGACAAGGAUGAAACGGUAUGUAAAAAAAUAAAAAAAAAUCCAGAUGUAGAUACAUCAUUUUUACCUGACAGAGAACGAGAGGAGGCUGAUUUAAAACUAAGAGAGGAGCUCAGAUUAGAAUGGGUGAUGACCCAAGCGAGCCUCAAGGAUGAGCCCAUUACUGUUACAUUCAGCUACUGGGAUGGAUCUGGCCAUAGGAGAAAUGUCACGCUAAAAAAAGGCAAUUCUAUAUAUCAAUUUCUUCAAAGAUGUUUGGAUACACUGAGACCGGAAUUUAGUGAGCUGAAAACAGUAACGGCUGAUCAACUUAUGUAUGUCAAGGAGGACCUGAUUUUGCCGCACCACUACACAUUCUAUGACUUUAUAGUUACUAAGGCAAGAGGUAAGAGCGGUCCCCUGUUCCAGUUUGAUGCCUCAGAUGAUGUGAGAUUAGUAAACGAUGCCACACAAGAGAAACAAGAUUCACAUGCGGGGAAAGUACUUUUAAGAUCUUGGUAUGAAAGAAACAAACAUAUCUUUCCUGCAUCUAGAUGGGAGCCCUACGAUCCAACUAAAACAUAUUCCAAAUACACAGUGAAAGGAAAGUAGUAUUAACAGUACAAUUUUUUUUUAUAUUUGUACUUGAAAAUAAUGCAAUAACUAAUUUGUAGGAUGUAUAGCAAUACAUGAUGACUUUUCAUACUGUGUUAGUUCUAGUUUAAGUUAUUAUUUUUAAUAAAAUUAAUACUUUUAA